AUGAUAAGCCAGACGAUCCGGCGAAACCGCAUCGUGGAAGUCCCCGAAGUGCACAUUGUGGAGAAGUUCGUCCCCAAAGUUUCUUUCCAAGAAGUCCUCCGCAAAGUCCCCAAACUCGAAGUCCAUUACCUCGAAAAAGUCGUCGAAGUCCCUCACCUCCAGGUGGUGGAGAAAGUGGUGGAAGUGCCGCAAGUGCGGGAAGUGCGGCGUUUCGUUCCUCGAGUGGAAGUUCAAGAAGUUGUGAAAAAAGUUCCCAAGUUUUUUGUUCAACAAAUCCAAAAAUUCGUCGAAGUCCCGCAAGUCCAAGUCGUCGAAAAAUUCGUCGAAGUCCCCGAAAUCCACCAAGUCCUCAAGUACCAGGAAAAGCUGGAAGUGGUGGACGUGCCAGUGGAGCGGGUGCGCUGCGUGCCCAAAGUGGAGGUGAAGUUGGUGGAGAAGCUGCGGGCCGUCCCGGGCCCUUUGGAGGUUUUCGAAGUCCAAACCCCAAACCCUAACUCCAAACCCCAAACCCUAAACCCUAACUCCCAACCCCCAGGCUUCCCGCAGCUCGUCCCGGAGCCCGAGGUCCAGGAGUACGUGGUGGAGACUCCCGUGGCAGUGCCUUCGCCGCCAGUGGAAGUUGCUGUUGAAGUUCCUUUCUUUUUGGACAUUCCCCACUUUUACCCCGUCAAGGGAAAGACAAUUCCGCUGCCCAAGGAGAAGCUUUACGAGCAAAUCGUCGAAGUCCCCGUCAGCCGCAGCAGCUCUCCCGCAGCCGCAGCAACACUCCCGCAGCCGCAGCAACACUCCCGCAGCAGCAGCAGCAGCAGCAGCAGCAGCAGCAGCAGCAGCAGCAGCAGCAGCAGCAGCAGCAGCAGCGCGUGUGCGUGCAGGCCCGUGGUGGAAGAAAAAGUGCGGGUGGUCCGCGUGCCCUUCGAAGUUCCUUUUCCGAUUUUCCGCGAAGUCCAAAUUCCCAACUUCGUCGAAAAAGUCAAAACUGUUCCUUUCCAAGUUCCCUUCCUCCAGCCGCCUCCCAUUAUCCAGCCCCUCAUUCAAAACCAUGUCAUUGACGAACCCCCCAUUUACGAAAGGGCCCCCCCAAGGUACAUUUACGAAAAACCCAUUUGGGGGCCCCCCAUAUUUGAGAACGGGGGCCCCCCCGGGGGCCCCCCGGGGGCCCCCCCGGGGGGCCCCCUUGGGGGCCCCCUGGGGGGCCCCCCAGAGGGGCCCCCGGGGGCCCCGUAA